UGAAAAAUACGAAGAAAACGAAUUUCUCAGUUUUCGAUUUUUAAUAAAAGUUGUGAAUCUGAAAAACUCAUUGCGAUACUCCAAACCAAAAAGGCUUCCACAGAUUUAUUUCCGUUUGGUUCUAUAGGGUUCUCCGACUGAAUUUUGCUAGCCGGCGAAUUGGAUUGGAAAAUGGCGCAGGGGGUAGAAGAAUGGUACAAACAGAUGCCGAUCAUCACUCGCUCCUAUCUCACGGCGGCUGUUGUCACCACCGUCGGAUGUUCCCUCGAUAUAAUAUCUCCGUAUAGUCUCUACUUGAAUCCAACCCUUGUGGUGAAGCAACACCAGUACUGGCGUCUCUUUACCAACUUCUUGUAUUUCAGGAAGAUGGAUUUGGACUUCAUGUUCCAUAUGUUCUUUCUCGCACGUUACUGCAAACUCCUUGAAGAAAACUCCUUCAGGGGAAAGACUGCUGAUUUCCUUUACAUGCUCCUCUUUGGUGCUACUGUUUUAACUGGUAUUGUUCUCCUUGGCGGAAUGAUUCCCUACUUAUCCGCAUCCUUUGCUAAAAUCAUCUUCCUCAGCAACUCCUUAACUUUCAUGAUGGUAUAUCUGUGGAGCAAACAGAAUCCUUAUAUUCACAUGAGUUUCCUUGGUCUUUUCACCUUCACAGCAGCUUACCUACCAUGGGUGCUUCUUGGGUUCUCUGUCCUUGUUGGUGCCAGUCCUUGGGUCGAUCUUCUGGGUAUGAUAGCAGGUCAUGCUUACUACUUUCUGUCUGAGGUGUAUCCGCGAAUGACUAAUCGUCGUCCUUUAAAGACUCCAGGUUUCCUCAAAGCCCUGUUUGCAGAUGAACCAGUCGUGGUGGCACGGCCAGAAAACGUUAGGUUUGCUGCUGCACCUUUCGACGAAAUCCACCAAGACUGAUCACUACACUUUCACAACCGGAACACCAAUUUGGUUUGGUCAGAUAUAAAAUGGUAUGCAGUGGAAGAAGAUAAUAGCACAAAGCCUAUUGACUAUGACACGCUAGUUGUGAAGUAGUGUUAGUCUCAAGUAGUCUGGUGUCUCUUGGUUCCUUCUGGUUUCUCUCAUCGUGUUGUGUAUACAGAUUUGCUUUCAUUUUAGCGCUUAUGUUCUCUUUAUUGACACACUCAAGUUGUACACAAAUCUCCAGUUAUGUCUACAAUGUUAAUUAUUGUCUUCGAAUA